AUGUCUCGGUUGACCUUGCUUGCCGGCUCCAUUGCCCUUUUUGCCGUUAUUGGCGUUGAUGCUGGGCUAUGCCGUCCUUCAUCCAUUACAACUACAACUGUCGAGACUUCGACAGCCACUAUUUCAACAACACCUGUCACUAUCGCUACCGAGGUUGCAAUGACCACUUCAACUGAGGUUGAUGAGCCAACAACUACCCUUUUAUCAACAUCUACCGCCCAGGCUGAGGAAACAGAAAAAACCUCGAUUAUGUCUACUACUGAGGCCACAACGACCACUGCCGACGUCACGACUACCGCCAUCCCGACAACCACCACUGUACUGGAACCGCCCCCUUCAUCCUGUCAGGAAAUGUCCGACCCAUUCACUGCGUCUAAUGGCGCGUCUUUCGGUCUUUGGUGUGGUACCACGUCUAGUUAUACCCUCAUCGAAGAGCUUCAGAUAAACACCUUCCGGGAGUGUAUUGAAGCUUGUGUUGGCCGCUCUGGGUGUCGCGCCGUGAACUUUUGGAGAACAGGGUCAACCUGCGCCCUGGCAUCUUCAGUAAACAGUAUUGCUUACGAUAGUAACUAUGACUAUGCCAUACUGCAAAAUUAG